GUAAUGUCAUGGCUUAAUUCACCUAAAAGAAUAUUCAAAUUUCUUCUUUUAUUUUUAUCCCUAAGUUUAUCCUUAGUCUUUCUUUUACCAAGCCCUUAUCCUACCUUUUCUACUACUACUACUACUACUACUAUUACAAAAAUAACUCAUUCAAAUGACACUACAUUAUCAAAUGUAGCCUUUAAUCAAGUCAAAUUGCCAACAUUGAAUACAACAUGGGAUGAUGAAUAUAAUCCUUGGGUGAUAUCUAAUCCAGUUUAUAAUCCAACCAAUCAAAAGAUUAAUUUUUUAAAAGGACUUAUGUCUUAUACAACAAAAGGCCAUGAUUAUGAUACCCUUAUUUAUAACCAAGUACAAUUACAAGAUGUUACCAUCAUUUUACCUAUCUAUUCAAAGAAUACUUUAUCAAAAUUAGAUGUCCUUAUCUCUAGCUGGACUUCAGUACCUGUCAACUUUGAAGUAUCUAUUAUUUGCUCGUCUCAAUUAAAACCCCUUAUUAAUGAAAAGAUAGUGUCAGACAAUAUAAAAAUAAAAGUCACUGCUAUAGAUCGUUCAAUCAUGAAUACUGAUGUGACCGAGAGUGAUGGUUUCUCUGCUGGUACAGCGGGGGCUUCAGUUUGGCUUCAGGCACUUCACCAGCAUGAAAUUAAUACAGAAUAUAUAUAUGUAUUAGAUGAGAAUAUGCCAUUAUCUGAAUCAUCUCUAAACGAGCUGGAAUAUCUUAUGAAAGUUCACCAGAAUGAUGACUAUAAAGAUGCUUUGAUCGGCACUCGAGCUCUUGUCUUCAAUCCUCAAUCUACUACUCCAAACCAUUUUUGUUUACCAGUUGAUACACAUUUACCUAUUGAUUUGUCACAGCCUGCAGAUAUGAUAUUAGGUGCUUGGCUUCUUCGUAAAUCAUGGCUACCCUAUAUAAUGAUAGAUAUAUCUUUGGAAUCUCUUAAAUUACCUUUAGGUUACUAUAUCAGUCUUAAUCUUAAUCAUCAGCUUAAUAUCCCCACUGUCUUUUUACCUUCACCACAGAUUAUAAUUAACAAGCAGCUUUGUGAACAAGCUUUAGAGAGUUGGAACACUAAUGUAGCUUGGAAGACUCACAUGACUAAGAAUCAAUUUCCAACUGUUUUACAACAUCGAUUCUUUAAUCAACCCAACGUACUUUUAAUCAUUAAAUCGACAAAGCAAUUUAUUUCUCUUUACCCAUUAAUAUGUCGAUUCAAAGAUCCAGUUCAUUUAGCACUAUUGGGUGAUGAUAUUAAUAAGGAAAGAGUACAACAUGUAUUGAAUGAAACAAACUGUCAGAGCAAUAUUGAAAUUCAUGAUUUUACGUUGGAGCGUUCUAAGGAUAUCCUAGUGGGUCAACUUGUAAAAAUGAUUCAUCCUCAUAUCAUGAUUCAGGUUAAGCCUAUAAAUGAUCCUAGUGCAAUGCCUCUUUAUUAUUCGUUAAAAUUAGUGGCAGAAACCUAUCAAAUUACAGAAAUUGGUUUACCUGAGAAUGAGAUUGUACAUGCUUUGUGGAUACCUAAUCUUUCUUUAGAUGCCCUAUCAAAUUGGAAUAAAAUUCAAAUUAAAUUAGUCAUGAUUACUGAUAGAAGACCUCAUUCAUUGUCACGUCUUUUACAAUCUGCUUCAAAGUCAAUCUAUCUAGGAGAUCAAGUUGAUUUAAUGAUUAAUAUGGAACAAUCAUCAGAUAGAGUAACACGUAUGCUUGUAAAUAGUUUUGUGUGGAAAUAUGGUAAAAAAACGCUUCGACAUCGUAUUCGUAAGGGUGGGCUUAUGCCUGCCAUUGUUGAGUCAUGGUAUCCUAGCCAUAAUCAUGAAUAUGCUGUCCUUCUUGAGGAUGAUAUUGAAGUCUCCCCUCUCUUUUAUGUAUGGUCUAAAUAUGCUAUACUUAAAUAUCGAUAUAGUGGUAACCAAGAGGCAUAUCGUUUAAUGUAUGGCAUUAGUCUGUAUGCGCCUCGCAACCUGGAACUGAUCCCAGCAGGCCGAGUUAGUUUCAAUCCUAAUUCAGUUCUUCUACCAGCAGGAUUUCCAAACCAUAUCCCUUAUGCAAGCCAAAUUCCUUGUAGUUGGGGUGCUGUCUAUUUCCCCGAACACUGGCGUGAAUUCCAUGCAUAUCUAGUGCGACGUCUUGAAGAUCUCAAUCUACCAAAAGGUCAUCGAACACGACUCAUCAGUGUCCCCGGGAGUCGAUCUGAUAAAUGGAAAAAAUCAUGGAAGAAAUACUUUAUCGAACUUGUUUAUUUGCGAGCUUAUGUCAUGCUUUACCCUAAUUUCCAAGGCUUUGAAGCCUUUUCGACUAAUCAUGUUGAGUUUGGCACACAUGUAAAAUCUGAAAAACGACAAUCUGUCAUUGGGACCUUUAUGGAGUUGCCAGUCAUGGAUCUUUGGGGUAAGUUACAAACGUUGGAAACACUUGAGGAUACAGCUCAGGCGUAUCAUCGACAUGUAUCCACUUGUGAACGAACCUAUGGUACAUUUGAUCCUCAGGAGUUCUUUUGUCUGGUGGAUGGACCCCCUGAUCCUCCACAAAAGUUUCCAAUGUCUCCCAAGAAGCCUAAGCCGCCAGUUUUGGUCAAGGAUGUAGUCCAGCCUAUUCAAUACAAUUACAUUUAUGAUCAUGAUGUAUCUGAAGAGGAACGAAAUAAGAUGUUUGAAUGGAUGCCUAAACCCAUAGAUGUUGCUCAGUUACCAACAGUUGAGGAUCGAUUUUCAUAUAAGGAUGAUGAAAUGUUAGAUCUUGAAAAUGAUUUGGAUACAUUGAAUCGUUUGUAUUUGAAAUUGUAUCCCGAGAAUUUAGAAUUUUUAGAAGAUGAAAAAAUGAAUUUCGAAGAAGAAGAAGAAGAAGAAGAAAAGGAUGAUGAUGAUGAUGAUGAUGAUGAAAUGAUAUUAGAAGAAGAUAUAUAA